AUGCAGAAGCCGAUAGGGUUUUAUCGCCGCCAAGAAGAUGUAGCCAUUGUGGCAGCAAAAACCGCAGAAGAUGAUGUUCAAUGGAUUUUUGAUUUUUGUGGGAAAUUCAACUGCACUGCAUACGUUUACAAUAUGGAUCCGCUUUCAGAAAAUGGGCUGGAGAAGCCCUACUUCUACCAAGGACGCGAAGCCAGCGCAUACCUUGCACACAUUGUCGAUCAUUACGACAACCUUCACAAUUACACAAUAUUCAUACAUGGAAAGGAAGAGCAAUGGCAUAAUGAUAUUGCAGGGCCCAAAACGCAUAAUCUUUUGGCAAACUUGCGUUAUGAGGCGGUCCAGGUUAAUGGGUACACGAACCUCCGAUGCGCAUCAACUCCGGGGUGCCCGAGUACUUUAUUCCAACAGAAUCCCCAAAAUCAUGAUCAACAGUAUCAGUAUAUUGUUGACCAGCUCCCAGAAAUUCUUCACUAUUUAAUAGGGAUAGAUCCGAUAAACUUUCCCGAAAACAUAGGGCACCAGUGCUGUGCCCAAUUUGCGGUAAGUAGAACCCAGAUCCAGAAGAGAUCACAGGCCGAUUAUCGAAAAAUCAUGACCUGGACGGGAACUACCGAUAUGACGGACAAUUAUGGUAUCGGCUGGUUGACCGAGAAGAUAUGGCAUAUGAUAUUUGGAAUGCCGCCUGAGCUGUGCCAAGCUGAGGAGCAAUGUCGCUGCGAUUUAUACGGGUGGUGCGGUCCAAACCCACUGACAGGGAACGUCGCUCUGAUCCCAAUUUCAUAA